UCGUCGCGUUUCCCACAUCUAAGCAUUGACACGGUAAACAAACCUUUGUUACAUUCAUGUUGUCUUUAAUAGAUUUCUAGAAAUGUACAAAGCACAUGAUGCGAUCAUACAGUCAGGAUUUAAGCAAAGGACUCGAGAAUGUUCCUGUUUUAAUUGAGGACUGCGUAUCUCAGGACGCUUUUGCUAACUUCCAGUAUGUGCCAGAGAAUGUGCAAGGACCAGGCUGUGACCUUGAUCCAAGUGCGGUGACGCUCCCAGGUUGCUCUUGUCGUGCCCAGUCUUGCCUGCCCGACUCCUGCCCCUGUUUGAGGUUUGGCCAGAUGUACGAUAGCAGGACACUUUUGAUUCAGCAGCAGGAAGAAGACAGCUACACCAAACCUGUGUUUGAGUGCAACGUCCUGUGUGCCUGCAGCGAUUCAUGUCAGAACCGGGUGGUUCAAAAGGGGGUCGAAGUUCACCUGGGUGUCUUCAGCACCACAGACAGAGGUUUGGGGGUGGAAACUCUAGAGCGCCUCCCUUGUGGACGUUUCGUGUGCGAGUACGCAGGGGAAAUAAUCGGCCCUCACGAGGCUCGUCGCAGGCAGCUCUCACAGUCUCCUCAUGAUAUGAACUACAUCAUAGCUGUUCAGGAGCACAGCGGUGGAGACAGGGUCACCCAGACAUUCGUGGAUCCUGUGACUGUGGGAAAUGUGGGCAGGUUCAUCAACCACUCCUGCCAGCCCAACCUGAUCAUGGUGCAGGUGCGUGUUCACUCGCUGGUACCCAGACUGGCUUUGUUUACGAAUCGAGAGAUAGAGCAAUACCAAGAACUGACCUUUGACUAUGGAGGAGGGCACAACAGCAACACAGACUCCCAGAAGUUAAAUGAAGCGCCAAGUGACACUCAGGCGCGGUCUGAUGAUGUCAAAGUGCUACAGAGAAAAGCAUGUCACUGUAGAGAACCAAACUGAUUAGGAUUUUUACCAUUAGACAUCUCAGUUCUCCGUUGAAAUUUAUUCUGGUUUCAUUUCAGUUUUGAUCAGAUGUUAAAUAUUGAGUUCUGCUCAGGUUUGGUGUCUGAUGUGGAAUAUUUUCAUGUUUGACACUCCAGCAGAUUAACAAAACAUUCUUGUGAAUGAACUAAAGUGUAUGUUGAUGCUAUUUAUAGGUAUAGGAUGAAUACUGAUAAACUCAAAUUAUAAACCAAGCAGAUUUAUUACAAGUUUGCGCAAGUAAUAUUUUUGUGAUGAGAAAACUUUCCUUUGACUUUGUAAACCAUUAAGGGCAAAUGUUUGCUGUUUUGAAUAAUAUAUGCUGGGACAUCUGCCCAAAUUUAAGAAGGGAUGCCAUAAAGUGGCAUCUGCAAUGUUUGACAAGUUUGUUGGCAAGAUCUCCGUUGAUGCAUAUAUUUCACAAAACACUUGGGCAUCUUAAGUGUUACGCCGUAACCAUUUCCUUUAAGAGCAGUCUGCAUUUGUAACUGGACCCGUAGCCCUCUGGGUAAUGAGCAAUUAAAAAAGGCCCAUGGGUAUUUUAAUAUAGUAACUGCUGUUAGUCUCUUGACACACGGGGUGGGAGUGACCCACUUCAUUCAAACAUCACCCUUAAAUCUGCCCCCUCUCUUCUAGAUCUGCCCCAUUUUCACUCCAGCCCCGCUUUCAUCUUCACCACAGUAUUAAUAUCUACAUCUGGGUUAAUUAGCAUAGAGACUAGAAACCAGAGCAAAGCACAAGGCAUGAUGGGAAGAGGCAGAUGGGUUCUGUCUUUGCCAGUUUUACCGUAUGCAUCAAGUUAAACUGCUACUGGACAUUCUAGAUUUAAACUUCGUUUUCUUUUAUUUGUGGGUAAUGAACUUUUGAAGUCCUGCAUGGGCUCUACAUUUCACUAAAUUGUAGAUUUGAUUUUGAGGGAACGCAUGAUUUUAUGAAAUGUUUAACUUAAAUUGCUUUGUAUAGAAUGUAUACCAAAGGCAAAAAUGGUUAAUAGUUCACCCAAAAAUGGAAAUUUCAUUUAAUAUAUUUUGAAGAAUGUUGGUAAGCGAACAUCAUUGGACUCCAUCGACUUUCAUUGUACGGGCACAAAACCACUGAGACAUUUCUCAAAAUAACUUAUUUUGUGUUCCACAGAAGAAAUUGUCAUGUUAUUAACCACAUGAGAAUAAAUAAAAUAUAAAGAGGUGAAGAACUUCUCCUCAGUGUCUAAGUUGGCCACGCAGGACAUGCAUUUCAGUAAUACAAUUAAAGUGUAUUGAUGUUUCCUUCAGUUCCCAUCAGUGAUAAUGUGAGGACUGUGGUAAACUCAGAUCCUGUGUUUGUCUCAUGACUCAUUGGGUUUGGCAAGUGAGCACAUUCUCAGGUCUCUAUGGCAACAGAAUGUGUGAUAUCGACCGGACGGUGCGUGUAGGCUGUAGUGUUUAGGAACGGUUGUUGAAGAAUGAAGUCAGUCCGCUUUCUCUCAGAAGGGAAACACUUAGGGGCAGGGACACGGAGGUCUCACUGGUGGCUCCGAAACUGUCAGUUUGUGGUAAGGUCGCAUUGUCGCUUCACAGAGACUGCCAGGCCCAAGGAAGCCAGUUGGGAAAUACUUUUGCCUUUUAGAGAGACUUUAAGUCAUAUUAAUAAUUACAAUUUAAAAAGAAUCAAAUGAGGAUUUCGAGCUAUGUUCAGUUUAAAGUAGUGUAUUAAUAAAGGGAUAUCAAAAAUAAAAUUCUGUCUUUAUUUAUUCACCCUCAUGUCGUUUAAACCUGUACAUAACACAAAAGAAGAUAUUUUGAGAAAUGUCACAGUGGUUUUGAGUUCCAUACAAUGGAUGUCAAUAGAGUCCAAUGUUGUUUGGUUACCAACAUUCUGCAAACACAAAUCUUCUUUGUGUUCUUCAGAAGAAAGUCAUACAGUAUAGAUUUGUAAGUACAUGAAACAAAGUUUUUAUAAUGAGAAUAUAAUGAAUAAUUUACAAAUUCUCCAAGAAGUAGAUUUAGACUUGUGUAAAAUAAUAUUAGACGUAUUUCUGUUUGUUAGGUGGCCAUCUCUGGCCUCAGAUCCUCUUGAGAAAGAAGGGCAUUGUUUUCCUAAACAAGUGUGUCCCACAAGACUGCUGAUGUUCAGCACAGGCGAUUUUAAAACCGUGUCAGUUUAUAUUUUUAUUUAGAACAUCGUAUGGAGAAAUUCACUGCAACAUGACAGAAAGAGAAAUAUUGUUUUGGCCUAGAUAUUGAUGGUGAUAUACUAUACUAUCCACUGAUAUGAUGUGCGUGUGUGUGUGUGUGCGUGUGCGUGUGCGUGUGCGUGUGUGCGUGUGUUUGUAUAUAAAUAACUUCUUGGGGAAAUUCUCUGCUUCAUUUUAUUUCAUUUAUUUGAAGUAAGUAGCUCUCAUAUCAUAUUGGUACAGUUAAGAUGUGAGGGCAUUUAAAGCAAAAAUAAGUUAAUUGUUCUCAAUGUUGCCUAAAAUAAAAGAAGAGUUUAUUUGCAAAAAAAUUUUUUUUUAGUUAUUAUUACUUAAUCAAAACAACCCAACUGCAGUCUGAUUGAUAUUACAUGGAAUGCAAACAUGAUUUUUGAAAAUGAUCUGUUUUUGCAAAUGAACAGUUCAUAAAGGUGCCCUUCAAAUAAAAUGGCUUUAAGAUGCAACACUAAAUGAAUGAGACUGUACGUCUGUGUCGUUUCUUAAACACUGCUUCAUUACACGAGAAAAGAAAAACAGGCAGAGAGAUAAAAUUAGACGGACUGUCACAUUGAAGUUGAACAUGUCUCUGAUGAGAGAUGAGAUGACCCGUCUUAUCUACAAAUCUGAAAAACAAUAAGUGAACAAAUAGAUUUUCUAUCUGUGUUUCCUCUUCAUUUAUUUAACGUUCUCUUAUUCUCCGUCUGCAGGAGCGCACAGAGGUUUCCGCUCAUCAUUCAUGCCUGUCCUCUGCACUACAAUUAGUGACAGUGAAAUUGCACAGUGCUUAAUGGCGGCUUAAUGAAGCUGCGUGACUUUUAGAGCUCAAACCGAGUAAUCGGCCCUGCUACUCAUCAGAGACGACUGGAGGUCCUGUCAUCCCGACACCAAUAAAAGGCACGUUGAGCUCAGCUGUUUAUGUUGUGAAGAGCUAACGGCACAAGAUCACAGGCCUUUUUCUGGAAGGGGAAAUUGAGCGAAUACAUGAAUAGUAAUGAAAGAAAAGACGCUAGAAUGGAUUGGAUCUCAUUCUUGCUCUCUCAAGAGCCUGUCGCUGUAUCUUAAGAUGUCACAUCUCAGCUCAGAGUACAAAUAACUCAUUUCCAUAGUUACCACGGUCCAGAAUUUAUAUUUUAUUUGAAAUAAAUGACGUAAGUUGUUUGUCUAUAUACAAUGUUUAUCAGCAUAUGAACAGAUUUAGAUUAACAUGCUUGUUAGGAUAAAGUCUAUUUUGCAUGAAGAUGUAGGCCUACACAAAAUACUGUGGUUUAUCGAUAUCAUCUCAGUCUUGUAGAGUUGGGAGGGUGCAAGACCCAAUUAGCAAUGCUGUCAUUUGUAUUAUAAGACCAUUUCCUCCGGGAAAACCAGAGCCAUUAUCGCCGUAUAAUUGUCUUUUAUUUUUAGUGAGGAAGAACUUUUGUGUCCUAUAGAACAGCAAAAGCUGUUGUACACUUAUUGCAAGGCACAGCUCUGAUUCUUGUAUAUCUAUCUGAACGUGCCCAUGACACAUCAUUUCAUGCCUCAUGUGCUCCAGACAAGUUCCAGAUGGUGCUGUGACGUUGCUGUGUUGUUUAGAUGA